CCUCCCUGCUCUUCUCAGCCUUCCUUCCCUCAACAUGGCUCCUGCGCCAUGGCCUCCCUUGCUGGCCCUCCUGGUGGCCUUCCUGGGCGCCCAGCUCCAGCCCUCCUCUGGCCAAGGCCGGCAGCUGGACCGACGCUUCGCCGAAUACAAGCGCUGCGCCGACCCUGAAUGCAGCAUGUUAAUGUGUCGAGGGAAGGCAGUAAAGGACUUUAAAGCUCCAGAUUGCCGUUUUUUAGAUUUUAAAGAAGGUGAAUCGAUAUAUGUAUAUUAUAAAUUAACCGGAAGAACAAAUGAGCUAUGGGCUGGAAGCGUUGGAAAUGAAUUUGGAUAUUUUCCAAAGGACUUACUUGAAAUAAAUCAUAUUUAUACCCAUGAUGAGCUAGAACUGCUAACAGAUGAAACAGAUUUUGUUUGCUUUGAUGGAGGCAAAGAUGAUUUUGAUAAUUAUAAUGUGGAUGAGCUUUUAAAAGUAUCAGAGGAUAUAGUAGCCAGUGAUGACAAAACUGAGCUGGCAACUGAAAAGGAAGAAGAGACUGAAGAGUCUAAUGCUAUGGGCUCUGUAGAGUCUGCUGAUAUGGAGAGUGAUAGUUCUGAAGUAGGCCUGGAGGAAGAAAAUGGAGACUAUGCCAAAAUGGGUGAAAAAACCAAUGUUCUACUUGAUAAUAAAGAGAAUGUAGAGGAAACUCUUGAUUCCAAGAGUGAAGACCUCAUUGUAAAUAGUGACACGGAUACUUCUCAGGGAGACCAAAGUGCACACCAGCCUCUUGAAGAAAUGCUGCAAGAAACAUUAAAAGUGCCAAACCAUGAAAGUGCCAGAAACUCUAAUAUAUCUCAGGGAAAAGCAAACCAAUCCAAUUAUGGAGGCAAAGAUGAUGGAGCUUACACGCUUCUACAUCAAGAUGUAUCAGCGGACCUGAAAACAACAUUUGGCUCAACUGCAGAUGCCAUUGUAUCUGAUGAUGAGACAACCAGCCUUGUUACAUCACUUGACGGUGAUCUGGAGGAAAAUCUGGAUACUGAUUCUUAUGAAACUGAGAAGCUAGAAGAACCAAAGCAGCAGUCAGAAGAAAUUCCUUUACUGCCUUUUACAGAAGAAGCCAAAUCUUCAGAUGAUAUAGAGUCUAAAAGGAUAUCAUCUAACUCAGAAACACUUGAGUUUGAUCAUGACAACACUAAGAAAGCUGCUGCCAAAUUAAUUCAUGAAAAAAAGGACAACUCUGGUUUAUUAACACAUUUAGGGGACAAAUUUUUUGCAAUUGUCAGUGGUGGUGAAAGAACAGCAGAUAAAACUGGUGGUAACAAGGUUGAUUUCAAAGAACAAAAUGAGGAGGAAGAGGAAGAGGAAGAAGAAGAGGAGGAGGAUGAGGAUGAAGAAGAGGAGGAGGAGGAGGAGGAGGCCCUAAUCAACAAGCAAGAAAAUGCAGAAGACAUGGUAGCUAAUUCAGAAUUUUCAUCAGAAGAUGAUCCCUUUACAUCAGAACAUGAUCUUUUGAGAAAGCAGAUACAUAAUGCAGACACUGAAAACCCUAAGGAAAAGAAGUAUAAAACUCAGGACUAUGAGGAAAAGGAUGCACAAACUGAGGAGAAACCUGUCACAGAACAAGUGCACAGCACUUCUACACAUAAUUUUGGUGCAUUUCCCAAUUAUGGAGAUGAUCAGCAACCAAAAGCCUUUUCAGAAACAAAUGGAAAUAGAUUAAAUCCAUCCCUAGGUCACAUCAAAGAUGACUCCGAUGGCUUUUCCCUUCAUAAGGUAAGAAAAGAGAAGGAAACAGAAGAGAGAAAUGUGGAUGAUAGCUUGGAAAAUGACACAAAAUACAAAACCUUAUGGGGGAAAACGGUAAAAAAUGAUGAGGAGGAUCUUGUUGUACCAGACUUAUUGGAGGAAUUGACAAAUGGCUCUCAGAAUGAUCUAGACAAUGAUGAUGUCCUGGAAGGCAAAACAAACUAUAAUACAAAGCAAGAUGGAGAAGAUUUUGAACUAAAAAAGAUAUUUGGCAGUAAGAAGCAAUCAAAUGAUUCUACUAUGGAAAAUAUUUCUUCUGAGAAAGGUCCUGACAUGCCUACCAAAGAGUCUCAGCAAGAAACUGAGCCAGAUUCAGAAGACCAUAAAGAGGAUGAAGAGGAAGAUGACCAUACAAGUAGCGAAAAAACAAUAGAGAAAAAGUAUAUUUUUGAAGAAUCCAAGAGAGCAAUACAACAUAAAAACAUUACUCAGAAAAGUAUUGUUAACAAUGAAGCUGAACACUUAGAUCAAGUUACUAGAGCAGAUAUGGGAAGAGAAAAAUCACCCACAGAAGAACUUCUGUCUCUGGAGCUAGAAGCAGAAGAUGAGUUUACAGAAGAACUAGAAGAGGGGUUAUUACAAGAUGAAAAUGCAGUUAGUGCAAAGUUGUCGAAAGAAGGGCAUACAGAUGAACAAGGUUUCACAUUAGAUGUUGAAAGUGCAGAUCCUCUGCUGCAAAUGCCAAAUGAUGCUAUUUCAAGAGCUGCUAAUCCUGUUGACGAAAUGGGAGAUGCAAGUACAACAUUUGAGCAAGCCAAAAAAGAAGUUGGCAUGGGAGAUUUUAAUGAGGAGUAUAGAGGAAUGCAAGUAAGUGAAGAUUCUCAACUGAAGGAAAGUAAAGAGGAAAGACAAAAGGAAGUGGAUACAACAGUAUUAUCUGAAAUGGAAAAUUCUCUGGCUGGGAAGAAUAAACAAAUAAAAAAGAUACAUGAUGAAAUAACACCAAUCAGUUUAAGUAUAUCUGAAUUGGAAGGCAAAGAUGACUUUAAUCAAACCAAGGAGCAUCUCCCUAAAGAUUUUUCACAGGAGGGCCUUAAAGAGCUACAGACUUCAACAGAGGAGACAGAAGAUAAACACCAGCAUUCCCAUGCUCCUAAAAGUGUGUUGGAAAACACAGAUGAAGACACAGAGUCAGACUACAGUGAGGAUGUUAGGCAGCUCAUUAUAAUGAAAGAAUUCCUUGAUGAAAAACAUAUUGCACGUUUAGAAAAGUAUGUUGGGCAACAACAUGUUUUCAAGAUAGAAUCUUUAUUUCGUGAUAUGCAGCUGGAGCUUCUGCUUGCUCAGAAACAUAGUGACAGCUAUGAGGACACUGAAAAAGCUUUGGACCAGAUCCUUGAAUCUUCAGAGUCUAACAUUUUGGAUAUUUUGAACAAAGCUUUAGAUUCAAGAGAGGCAGAAAAUAAAGAAGAGGUGAUCAAGGAAAUUGACUUGUUUGAUGAGGAAGCUGCCUUGAUGGAUGAUAUUCAAGAGCUGAUGUAUUCAUUAAGGCAAAAAUACUCUCCAAUUAGUGACAGUACUCCACUUGCAUCUGUUUUAGAAUCUGAGAUGGACCCUGGUGAAUCCAUUACAGUUAAUGGAAAACAAAUUGACAGUGACAGACAACAUGUAGAAAGCCCAGAUGAGAGCAUAGAUCAUAACCAUCCAUACGAUGCAGAGCAGACAUCAAAAAAAGAAAUUCUUCAUCUGGAUCAACCAAAGGCAGAUGAAAACAUUUUGGAAGGAACAGGAACUUUGGAUGAAACAAUAACUAAGGAUGUCUUUGACAGUGACAAAAAAGAGCCAGAUAUGGAUAGACCCUUACAACUAGUUGAUUCAGGAACUGAGAAAGACUUCAUGACUGAAGGUCCACUUGAGGUGAAGGAUAAUGUAAUAGAGGAGGGAAGCAGUCCAUCUGAAGGAGAUUCUCCUGCUCCAUAUAUUUUUGGCUCCUUGGAUGGUGCAGUGCUAUUAGCAAAGGAAAACAUGCGACCAUUCACAGAUAUUCUGAUAUCAACAUUACCUGAAGACAUGCAACCUGGCCCUGACUUCCAUGGACUUCCCUGGGAGCCCAUUAUCAUCACGGCUUUUGUGGGAAUUGCUACAUUCGCCAUUUUCUUAUGGAGAACUUGCCUAUCUGUAAAAAGUAGAAUGUAUCAAGUGACAGAAAAACAACUUGUAGAAAAAAUUAAGACCCUUCUCAAGGAAAAGACUGAAAUGUUGGAAAAGAUGUCGGAAUAUGAUCAAAAGAUAAAAGAGGAAAAGGAGUCUGUAAAAGAGGCUCAGAAACAAAACACACAUCUCUCAGAUGAAGCUGCAGGGCUUAAGGACACAGUCAAGGGGCUUAAAGAAACAAAUAAUCUUCUAGAUGACAGAGUGAAAAACUUAAACACCAUGCUAGAAAUGGAGAGAGAGCACAGCUCAAGAAAACAGGAACAAAUCAUAGAAGCACAGAAAUCUUUGGAGAAGUUCCAAGAAACCAUCACAUUGCAUUCGGUAGAGCUCUCUGAGGUGCAGAUAGCACUUAAUGAGGCUAAAUUAAGUGAAGACAAAAUGAAAUCUGACCUCCGUCGUGUGCAAGAAGAGAAUGCAAGGCUCAAGAAGAGUAAGGAGCAAUUGUUACAAGAAGCAGAAGGCUGGAGUGAGAGGCAUGCUGAGCUCAGUGAACAGAUAAAGAUGUAUCACAAGUCUCAGAAAGACAUUGAAGAAGCACUUGCCUACAAGGAAAAUGAAAUUGAAGUUUUAACUAACUGCAUUAUGCAACUGAAGCAGCUUGAUGCAGAUUCUGAGUCAGAAGGCAAGAGGGAUGAAGGAAAUGAUCUGGCCAAUGGAGAGAUAUCAGAUACCAGGAAUGAAAAGAUGAAGAAUCAAAUUAAGCAGAUGAUGGAUGUUUCAAGGGUAAAAACAACAUUAUCUAUCAUUGAAGAAGAAAGAGAUAAUUUACGUUCCAAGCUAAAUGAUGAAGUAGCAUCAAGGCAUGAAUUAGAAGAGCAAAUCAAGAAGCUGGAGCAUGAGUCCUGUUCCUUACAGACUGCAAAAUCACAGCUAGAAAGUGAAUGUAAAACUCUGCAACAAAAAGUAGAGAUUCUCAAUGAGCUUUAUCAGCAGAAAGAGAUGGCACUUCAAAAGAAGUUGACACAAGAAGAGUAUGAGCGGCAAGAGAAGGAGCAGAAACUGACUGCUGCAGACGAAAAAGCAAUCCUUGCUGUUGAAGAAGUGAAAGUUUACAAACAGAGAAUUCAGGAAAUGGAAGAAGAAUUGCAAAAAACAGAGCGGUCUUACAAAAAUCAGAUUGCUGCACAUGAAAAGAAGGCUCAUGACAAUUGGCUCAUAGCACGUUCUGCAGAGAGGGCACUAGUUGAAGAAAAAAGGGAAGGUGUCAACCUGAGGCAAAAGCUAAUUGAAGUGAAUCAAAAAAUAGCUGCACUUCAGAGACCAGUAAUCGUGAAGCCAACUGCAGGCUGGCCAGACCAUCAAGUCCCCCCUCGCAGAGGUCCAUUAAGUCGAGAUGGAUCUUUCGGGCCUUCACCCGUAAGUGGUGGAGCUCCUUCACCCCCGCUGAUGAUGGAAACCCCUGGACGACCCCUUUCUGCCAAUCCAAGGGAUGGGUCAAGAGGUGAAUUUAAUGCUGCUAUGGUUGAUGGCCCUCCAGUCCCAAGAAGGCAUCCUGAGCUAUCUGGAAGAAUGUCUGCUCCAGAUCUUGGCCCUUCUGUAGCAGCCCUAGUUAACUGUGGGCCAAGAACAUCCUCUCCUUCUACUGGCCUGGAUGGAAUGCAAAACCCUCCCAAAGAACAUGAGGCCCCUUGUGUUUCUGAUGCCCCGCCUUCAUCUGCUGAAGCAACUGCAGUUAACAUAGGUCCUAAAGGCCCACCACCCUUCCCGGGGGGUCCCAUGAUGACAUCUGCAGGACCUUUGCCACCUCCAGUUCGAUUUGGACCCCCACCUCGGGCACCCUAUGGACCUCGACCUCCUCCCCUUCCUCUAGUACGUGGUGGCCCUCCACCACCCCUUCCAAGAGACUAUCCACCUGGUCCUCCAUUUGGAAUGAGAGACUUCCCACAUGGUCCAGUUCCUCCUCCUGAACACAGGGGAUAUCUCCGUGGCCCACCUCCUUUCCGGCCUCCUCCUCCAAGAGAUUUUCUUCCAGGUCCACGGCUACCUCCACAAGGAUUAAGGGACUAUCCCCCUUCCUCCGUCAAAGACUUGCCACCUCCAGGACCCAGUGACCACCAAGGAGGUCUUCCCUGUCCUCCCUCCCCAGCUAGCUCACGGGACUCAGCACAUCAUCCUGAACAAAAACCAUGACUUUGGAUUUGUGAACUGAUCUCUACCAUGUUUCCUGUGGUGAGGAUUUCAGUGGCUUCAGCAGGACCAGCUGGUUCUUCUUUAGACUUGGUUUCAGUGUAGCUUUUUUUUUUCUUUUCCAGAAAUAAUUUCUCUAGCAAUGUGCAUUUUGAUCACCUUUAAAUCAGGACUUGCUCAUCCUCUUGGGAUGCAACUAUAAUUUUCUUGUGAUGACUCUGAAGCCUGCUUCAACAGCUGUGGCCGACCCACAGCUCUCAACGUGCAAUAUACAAAAAUACCUGUGUGGUUAGUUUUUAAUUAAUGUAGCCUUAUGUAACCAGUUGGUGAAUGAUUUCAAAAUUAUAACCUGAACAUUUCCUGUGGAAAUACCUUCAAUAAGAAAUGCUACCCCUUCACUUUAUAGCCUACAGUGACUGUAGAAAAGUGGUUUACAUAAGGGUUCUAAUGCAGAUCUUUUAAAAACAUCUGGUGGAAAGACCAGAGGCAGACUACACUGUACUCAAAGGUCACAUCUACUAAUAAAGAGAGUAAGAUCCUUUUUUGCUA